CCUGGGGGGGCGGGCAGGGCGAGAAGCGUCGGUUAACCUGCAACCGCCAUUUGUUCAGCGCGAGCGAGCGAUGCUGGCGGAGGUCCGCAGAGUUUGCUAGCAACAAGUUGGAGUUGGACUCACAUAAGUUGGGAGAAAAGUGCGAUUGCUGCUCAGAAAUUAUCACCGAUUAUUCGUCCUCUCUUACUGAAAUAUCCCUGACAGAACACGGGCUCCUGGGGAAAAAAAUCUGCUUAUUUUCUUGAUCAUCUGAGCCGAAGCUGGACGUUUGGCAGAAAUUAGCGAGGGGACGCUAGGUUUGGUGUAACUACUCUCUCUCCUGGGUUCCCAACUUUCCUAUUCUUCCCCUGGUUUGCCCCGGAGCGGCGGGCUGGUAGAAUCUUGCCUGUGUCAUGCCGACGAGAGUGGCUGACACCAUGGAGUAUGGAACAGGUGACUCGAUCAAAGUGAAAGCUCACUACAAAGGGGAUAUACUCAUCACAAAUCUUGAUGCAGCAAUCAAUUAUGAAGGAAUGUGUUCUGAAGUAAGAGAUAUGUGCAAUUUGCAGCAGAAUCAGCCAAUUACACUGAAAUGGAUUGACAAUGAAGGAGACCCAUGCACAGUUUCUUCCCACAUGGAACUGGAGGAAGCAUUUCGUCUAUAUAAUCAGAGUGGAGAAUCGGGUCUCAUUAUCCACGUAUUUCCCAGCAUUCCUGAAAAGCCAGGCAUGCCAUGCCCAGGAGAGAACAAAUCAAUCUAUAGGCGUGGGGCAAGAAGAUGGCGGAAGCUCUACCGUGUGAAUGGACAUCUCUUCCAAGCCAAACGAUUUAACAGAGCCUACUGUGGAUACUGCAGUGAAAGGAUAUGGGGUCUAAGCAGGCAGGGUUACAAGUGUAUCAACUGCAAGUUGUUGGUCCAUAAACGCUGCCACAGACUUGUUCCUUUGAUCUGCCAAAGGCAUAUGGAUCCGGCCAUGCCUUCCCCGGAACCCCCAAUUGAAGACAAGCCUGAUGAAGUUGACAUCCCUUCUGAAGAUCCCGAUGGAAUUGUACCAUAUCUGCCACAUAAUCGAACUAAGUUAGACAAGGUCACAGAUGAUUCAGAGGAUCUCAAGCCUGUGGUUGAUGGUGUUGAUGGAAUCAAGAUUUCUUCAGUGCUGGGUUUGCAAGAUUUUGACCUAAUACGAGUCAUUGGACGUGGCAGCUAUGCUAAAGUUCUCCUUGUACGUUUGAAGAAAAAUGACUGUAUUUAUGCGAUGAAGGUUGUAAAGAAGGAGCUGGUCCAUGAUGAUGAGGAUAUUGAUUGGGUACAGACAGAAAAACAUGUGUUUGAACAAGCCUCCAGUAACCCAUUUCUUGUUGGUCUUCACUCUUGUUUCCAAACAGAAAGCAGGUUGUUUUUGGUUAUAGAAUAUGUCAAUGGCGGUGACCUCAUGUUUCAUAUGCAAAGGCAAAGAAAGCUUCCUGAAGAACAUGCCAGAUUUUAUGCUGCUGAAAUUUGUAUUGCUCUCAACUUUCUUCAUGACAAAGGAAUCAUAUACAGGGACUUGAAACUGGACAACGUUCUCUUGGAUUCUGAUGGCCACAUCAAAUUAACAGAUUAUGGAAUGUGCAAGGAAGGACUUGGACCUGGUGACACUACCAGUACUUUCUGUGGCACACCCAAUUAUAUAGCACCUGAGAUAUUGAGAGGAGAAGAGUAUGGUUUCAGUGUAGAUUGGUGGGCACUUGGCGUACUGAUGUUUGAAAUGAUGGCUGGAAGAUCACCAUUUGACAUCAUCACUGACAAUCCAGAUAUGAAUACCGAGGAUUAUCUGUUUCAAGUCAUUCUGGAGAAGCCCAUUCGAAUUCCUAGAUCACUUUCUGUAAAAGCUGCCAGUGUCCUGAAGGGAUUUCUAAAUAAGGACCCUAAAGAGCGACUUGGGUGUCAAUCACAGACAGGGUUUGCUGACAUCCAGACUCAUACCUUUUUCCGCAGCAUAGACUGGGAUCUGUUGGAGAAGAAACAGGUGACUCCUCCAUUUAAGCCACAGAUCACUGAUGAUUAUGGUUUGGAAAACUUUGACACUCAGUUUACAAGUGAACCUGUACAGCUCACGCCAGAUGAUGAAGAUGUAAUAAAAAGAAUUGACCAGUCGGAAUUUGAGGGAUUUGAAUACAUUAACCCAUUACUGAUGUCAUCAGAGGAAACAGUGUGAACAAGUAGCAUUUGAAGGCGGGACUGUUUUACCUCAUUUGUUCAAAGGUCAGCUUCAGUAAACUUCAGACUCAAUUUUGACUUCUCAAGUUGGUGACUUUUUUCCUAACCUACCUGCAUGCAAGGUUGUGGAUCUGGUGCAAGAUUUCCAAGAGUACCGCAAACCAUGGUGACUGCUGCCUGAGCAACAAAAAUGAAGGCUGUUUUAAUGGUAGUGUUGUAUCAACAGCCACAGUUUCUCCUUAAAAACUGGACUUUGAUUCAACUGGCAUUUUAUUAAUGAAGGGAAGACUGCCUGACCCGUGCCUGCUUCCAUGAAGGAAUACUCCUUUUGUUCCCUCAAAAUAAGGAAUUAUAUGAUGGUUUCUAUGAAGGAACUUGGAGACACUGCACUUUCUCUCUCUCUCUCUCUCUUUAUAAGUAGAUAUUCAGAGGUUUGACCUCAAGAGAAGGAAUGUACUGUACUAUAUUAUUUAAGAACAGUAGUAUGGGUAUCUACACCUUUACCUGAGAUUGCCUUUUGACAACUGGCUAAUGUGAUUUACAAACCACUGGCUCUAACCAAUACUUAAGCAAUAAAGUACAAGAAAUCCGUGCUCUGUUGGUCAAUAAUGUGCACUUGGAUUGAUCUUGGUUUAACAUUCUACAAUCAAGAUCUAGUCCAGUAAUACUUUAUUAACCAAUGAAUCACAGUUCUUGCUAAUUGCUGCUAUACUAUAUAAUGCCAUGGAACAACUGGAUUUAAAGAAUUUUAAAAAUCUGUGUUUUUUACCAUAUUGAAUAUUGUGUAAUAUACACAGCUAGAUGCAAGUUAAUUGUUCAUGAUUAUUCACCAGGAUUUUUUUCAACUACACUGUAGAUUGCAACUAAAACUAAACUGUUUUUGGUUUCUUGCUAGACUUGCCCGAGUGUUCCCUGUUGAAAUUAAUUUUCAUUUACUUAUGAUAAAGAUAAUAGGAUUAAUGGCUUGCAAAGAACAUAAUAUAAUAAUGUUUGUCCUUCUCCCAUAAGUGUACUAAAGUAGACAAAAGAUUUGUAUUUGUUAGAAAUGCUAACUUUGAUUAAUGCUGCAUUUAAAAGCUUCGAGUAGUGCAGACCAUCUUUUAACCCUUAAAUCAAAACUGAUUAAUGAACUGGAUGGGCACUAGGAAGGUUAAUAAUCUGAACUCACUAAUUUCUAGAUAUCAAGCUACUAACAAACCAGCAAUAAAAAGAUAUUUCAUUUUUGUAGCCAAUAUGUUAUUCAAAAGCCAUGAAGUUGCAUUUUUCCUCCAAGUUUUUUUAAUCAAAUUUCCAUCAAAGUCUACUUACAUUUCGAUACAACUUUCACUUUAUUUUUUAAAACAGCUUCUAAUCCAGAAAUUAGGAAAUUCUGUAUGUAUGUGGAUUCCAAAGAUUUGUUUUGAGACAGUGAAGUGCCUAAAAUGUUCUCUGACUGGGUCAGGUAUUUCUUUUAAAAAUUAGUUAUAACCAAUCCAGGAUAAAAAUCUACAGGGAUGUCAGAAAGAACAAUGUAUUAAGAUUAUCACAAUUCCACCAAUGUACAUAUAUUAUUCAUAAUUUAUAUUUGGAACAGUGUGAUCUGCUGCUUUCUAAAAGGAGAGGAGCAUGUCAGUCUCCAAAUCAUUUCUAUUAACAAAAGAUUAAUACUUUAAGGUCCAUGGCUUGCCAUUGCUCUGCUUCUAAGGUAAAAAUGAGAAAAAUCAAUUGAUAUAAUUAGUAAAUAAUGAUCAGCUUAAGCAUUGUGCUAUUAAAAUAUUUAAUUAAUUAUUACACAAUGACUUAUAAAUUCAUUUCUGCAGCUUUUUUUUGGUGGUGCUGUGAAUUAGUUUUAGACCUUACAACCACUUAAGUCCUGGUUUAAUAAGGUCCUGGAACAAUGUUUAUAAAAUUCUCUCAUUUUAUUUUUUUCUCUACUAAUUAUGUCCCAUUCCACUCACGAUAUUGCACAAUUUAAGGAUUAACUUUAAAUGUUGGAAAAUGUAUCAUUUGAAAAUAAAAUCCUUGAAGCAUACAACAGAUCCAUAGGCAACUAAAGAUAAGAAACAGUACUAUUUUAUGAGGAAGGGCAAAGAUCCAUGUGUUAAAUGUACACCACUUUUCUGGACCUGCUCAAUUUCAGUUUAUCUUCACAACCACGGAAUCCUGUUUAAGAAAGAAAAAGAUGUACAAAAAGCUGGCUGUAUGCCAGCCUGAGCACAGUUUGCUCAAAACUAGGUUUAUAGCAGGCAAAGGAAUUAAUUCACACACUCACCCACAUCCUUUAAUUUAAUCAGAGGAUCCAUGGCAUUAUAUAUACUGACUGGAACUGCACACUACUUAGCCAAUCAGAUUUUAACCAUCUGGUCUAUGACAUUACUGGAUAUUAGGCCGGCUGCCAAUUUUAGAAGUCUGUAUGCAAACUGACAUGUAAAGCAGUGGUUUCUUUCUGUUGCCAAAUACUCCGCCAUUUGCUAGUUCAUUCCUCUUCAUUUUUGCUAUGUGAACUGUGUGUGUGCAUCAUAGAGGUUGAUUAUAUUGUGCUGAGGGGGAAUUGUUUUUCAUUUGUUAAGUACUUUUUUUAAAAUUUGAAAAUUAUAAAGAAUGUCAUCUAAUUGUGCUAAUAUAAUGUUUCCAUGGUCAGGUUAAAUAGAUGUAUAUUCUCCAAAGGCAAUUCAGAAUAAGAAUGGGAUUGUAACCAGUGCUUGAUCAGUGCAAAUACUGGGAAGAGGUGUUAUAUCUAUCCUUGCUUCUCUUUUUAAUGUCUAUAAUUAUAAUAAUGAACAGAAGCACAGAGCCAUGUCUACUUGGGCUCCAAAUUGUAUGUCAAUUUUUCUUGAGAAACUGAUAAUGUUGGAAAAGUAUAGAAAGUUGUCAGCAUUUGAAAGAAAAUGAGGUCAAUAUUUCUGGUAGGACCAGUCACCAAAACUGAUGAGCUGUACACAGAAUUAUUAUCUUUGGUGGUAAAGACCAGCUAUGGUAAUCCCAAUCAGGAAAAUGCAGAGGGCACAUACCAUGUAGUGGACUGGACCACAAUUACCACCGCUUGGACUCCCUGGUGUGGCAGUUUUUCAAACAGUUGCCAAACAGAUUAAUUUUUUUCCAAACACUGUUUACUUGUCCUUCUGUGUACUUGUUUUCUAUCUGGCUGAGGAAAGUCAAAAUCAUUUUAAGUUCUGCCACAAAAUACGUUUUUAUUAACCUCUCAGUUCAAAAAGAGUGGAAAAAUCAGCCAGUGCCACAGAAUUAAGGUACUGUCAAUUAGUUUAUUUGACACUGCCCUAUUUCACAAUAGGCAGUGUCAUUUUUUUAAACCUUUUAAGAGUUGCACCAAUAAAACACUCCCUCCAUUUCUCCUGUGGUCCAACUAAAAUAUUGAAUGGUCAGAGGCAAAUGCAGACUUCUUAGAUUAUAGAACACUGCUACCUGUAGCGAGGUAGAGUAGGGGAAAUAAAAUUUCAUUCAAUUGUGAUCCACACCAGUUUUUUUUCUAAUAGAACAAUGAGCACAGAAAGGAGGCUAUCAUUGCCUGCGUCCCUGCUAGGAUCCUACCAAAGGCCAAUUUCCCUGCAUCCUUAAAUAUUCCAGCUGGGUCCCUAUAAUUUAAUCCUUGGGAGCAUUGAAUAUUAUCCUUGACCAAAUGACAUAUGUCAUUGCCCAAUGUGCCACAUUCUUUUUAGCUUUCUUAACUGUCCAUCUAAAUUAUUUUGCCAGUCAGUGGUUUCUGUGCCACUGAAAUCUUGGUGCAUCUCUUUUGCUCAUGAUCAUUCUCCACAAUAAUUUAUUCAGAAAUUAGAUAGAAAUAUGAGGCGAAGGGUUGCAAGAGAUUUUUUUUUAAAUUGCAGCCUAGCUGCCCCAAAAUAUUACCAAUGUCUGAAUUUUAUUUGCUGUAUGCACUUAAUUUUAGCAAAUUUUCAGUCUGCAGAUGUACAGAACAAUUUCUGGGACAUUGCAAUGGGAAACUGUGCCUAAGGAAAAAUAAUCAGUUUGGUCUGACCUGUUAAAAUUUAAUAAGGUUCUGGUACAAGUGCACAGUGGUCUAACUUUGAUUAGCCCUUAAGAAAUUAGAGCUAACUUAAUGACUGUAAAAUAGUGAAAUGUUCAUUGUAGUUAUUUUGUAUAAUGACAGUUGAUUUAUGGGUGUGAAUUGUACUGUUCUUGCCUAUUCUCAUAAAAAAAUCGCUAAUUUGAAAAAAAAUCUCAAGGCUUCUUU